CUCAUCCUUUUACAAUCAUUUCUAACGUAAAGUAUGACUGGCCGUGUUUCAAGGUGCUUGGCUCUCCUGGUUGUCUCCGUGAAUCUGGCCAAUGGUGAUAAACUUUUGUCUUCCAUUGGAAAUGGCGGAUCCCGACGAUUCGUCUUCACUCCCCUUCGAAACGAUGAGCUUCCUUGUGUGGCUGAAAACCUUCGUCAAUCCCAUCGUUAUAUUUGCGACGACGAGGCCAACGUGAUUUGUCUCUCUGGAUGGAAGGAAGACCCAGAUUGGUCCAAAAGAGAUUUACGGAAUCCGUGUCCAAUUCCGAUUUGUGAUUAUCACGGAGACACUUGUCAACACGGUCAAUGUGUCCGACCAGAUGUUUGCGCUUGUGAAGUGGGAUGGCAAGGUCAUCUUUGCGAUACCUGCAUUCCUCUGCCUGGUUGUGUGCACGGAUCUUGCAAUGCCACAUUUGAGUGCAAUUGUGAUCUCAAUGAUCAAGGAGCGCCAAUGUGGGAAGGUGCUUUUUGCGAUCAACCUGCUUGCCCGGAUUGUCAUCCAGACCACGGAUUUUGCUUCGAACCAUUUGAAUGCCAAUGUCAUGAAGGAUGGCAAGGGCCAGAUUGUCAAGAGUGUGUGAAAUUGCCAGGAUGUUUUCAUGGCUCUUGUGAAGAUGGCAAACCCCAUUCUUGUCAAUGUGAUGAAGGUUGGACAAGCCAUCUCUGCGAUCAGCCUCAAUGCGGUGACGGUUGCCACCACAAGAACGGAUUUUGCAUCGAGCCUGACACUUGUAUUUGUAAGGCCGGAUGGCAAGGAUCAGAUUGCUCCGAGUGUGUUCCUUAAUGGAUGUGCCCUGAAAAUGGCUAUUGUUAUGAGCCCAACCAAUGUAUUUGUAAUUCCACCGUGGCUGACGAAGAUCGCUUUGAUAUCUGCAACCGGGAAAAAAUCAAUGGUCCAAUGUACAAAGAGCAACAGGGAGAAUGCUCCUUGAAAUGCACCGAGUUUACCGCUUAUGAAUUGCCCAUGGGACCCCCAAUUGGCAUAAGGGCUACUGAAUGUUCAUGGGGUCAAACUGAAGGGCUCUGCACUCCCAAACAAAGUGAUUGCUUUGGUAGCCAAGAAUGGGAAUUUGACGACAGUCUUGGAACGAAGGAAUUGAACAAUGAGAGCUGCACUUACGGUGAAGCAUUUGAAUCCAUCACGAUGCCAACAUCAUCAUCAUCAACCCAAAUAACAGCAUCCCAAACAACAAACACAACAAUUCCUUGAGCAACGACAGUCCAACAACAACACUCCCAACAGCGUUAAGAGUGACCCAAAGUCCAACACUACCAACGACAUCACCCCCAACCAUCACCACCACUGAUGACCAUAGACACCGAAAAUUACGAUUCUAUGGAGCCUAAUCAAGCGGACCAUCGAAAAUGAAUAAUGACCAAAAUUUACCAUUCAUUAUAAUAUAUAUCCUUACUUUCAUUA